UUCAAUAAUCUAAAGCAAACAACAAAUACAACGCAUGGUAUUAACCGAUAGCAAAAACAAGAGAACAUCAUCAACAAAGAACGCAAUGACGAAAUAGCUGGAAUGAUAAAUGCACACCUGUGACCUAUGAAUUGAUUACGUCGCCGUGUAUUUAAAGCGGAGCAAAUAUGAAUGUAAUCAUUUCAUGUUGAGCUGUUGAGAAAACGUACGUCUUAAAACGCAUUUCAAAACAAGAUUUCAAAUUUAGAUAACUCUGGAAACGGAAAUAUAACUCGUAGUCUCGCAAUUACAAUAAAGAGGCGUGAAGGCUAAAGGUAUAAAUGCGUGCGUUCAUCUUAGUUGAAACAUUCACUCUCACAGAAACAUGUGUAUUACAUGCGCUAACCUCCGGGCGAACGGUGAACGGACUCAAAAACGUGAAGUGUUAGAUAGUAAAUUGAUAAAGUCCGAGUAUUUAAGUGAGACAGAUUUUGCAAACGAACAAAACAAGAAUGAAAAAGAAGACAAACAUGGACAAACUGUGUGUACAUGGACAUGUUCACGUUUGGUUCGCUACUUCUCAGUGCUAUUCGUGGCUGCCAUGGUUACGUACAUGAUGGCAGCCGAGGACAAGGACGCUGACAACGUGUCCUUGGUGCUGGUACACCUUCUCAGCGUGGCGGCGCACUUCGGAACCCAGUGCUGGGUCACAUUCGUAGCAGGAAUCAUCAUGUUCGUUACUCUCCCGAGAGACAUGUUCGGCAGAUUACAGAGUCGGCUUUCCCCGCUGUACUUCGCGACGUCGCUAUUCCUGUCCAUUCUCACGUUUGUAACGUUCUUGUUGCGUCAUCCGUACGAGACUAUGACGUCAGAGGAGUCAACACAGUUGGUCUUGCUGUGUAUGUCUGCGUCGGAAGUUCGUUCGUGAACAGCUUCUUCCUGGUGCCCCAGAUCGUCUCCUCGAUGAUCCAAUUGUUUGAGCUCGAGAAGGCUUCCGGGGUGGCGUCCGUUGUCGGCUACUGUUACCGGAAAGAGCUUAAGAAGGAUCCGGUCUACAGCCGCCACUACAAAACGUUCCGUAUAAGCCACAGCGUUGCAGGUCUUGGAAACCUCGCCACUCUUGUGUGCAAUGCCAUUCAUUUGUACUAUCUAGCCUGCAGCUACGUUGAUUUACAAAGGCACGUUGUGUGCGAUGUUUGAUGUUGGCAAUAACAUAAGCUGUUAUGUGUGAUUAUGUAUCUGAAGCAAUUCAAUAUUCUCAGUGAAUCUCAUUACACGCAUUUUGUUUAAUUUCUUUAAUGUUCAAAACGUUAGGGGUAUUAUAUUGUAGCUUUACAUAAUUAUGUAUUCUUAAUUUAUAAACCUGCACAUUUUUAAUUAUAAAAAUGUCCCGGAUUUAUUCGGUUUGUUUUUUAUUGAAUGUUUUAAGAUUAUGGAAAAACGCAAUGUGCCUCUCUAGAUUGCAUAUAAAUAUAUAAUCAUACAAUUAUUCUAAUAUAGCUAAGACUUCGGUAUCCCAAAUAAAUUGCAUUCGUGCGGGUUUACCUGUUCAAUAUUUGCACAAACAAAUGACCGAAACAAAGCAU